ACAUGGAAGCCUACACGCGCAUAUCUAAACUGUAAAAGCACUAACUGUACCCGGAGAAUUGCUUUUGUUUGCGGCGUGUUUAGAUAUGAGGUAUUUGGUCCGAGUGGGGCAUUCGUUUGCCCGCCUUCAUGUGCGUUCAUGUCACCACAGUGUUUACAGCAGCCAUUGUAAUCCACGAAGAGUGGGAGUGGACCUUGGAGAGACGAAACUUGAGAUCUCCUCAGGGAGGUUUGCUAGAUUUGCUGAUGGAUCUGCUGUAGUACAGCUGGGAGAGACCUCUGUGAUGGUGACUGCUGUGAGCAAAACCAAACCUUCUCCAGCUCAGUUCAUGCCUCUUCUGGUGGACUACAGACAGAAAGCGGCUGCCGCAGGUCGAAUCCCCACUAAUUAUCUGAGGCGAGAGCUGGGCACCAGUGACAACGAGAUCCUCACCAGCAGACUCAUAGACAGAUCAAUUAGACCACUGUUCCCUCCUGGUUACUUUUAUGAUACUCAGAUCCUUUGUAACCUGCUGGCAGUUGAUGGUGUCAAUGAUCCAGAUGUGCUUGCUAUUAAUGCAGCUUCUGCUGCUCUCGCCCUGUCUGACAUCCCCUGGCAUGGACCCAUAGGUGCUGUGCGUGUGGGCUUGGUUGAUGGAGAGAUGGUGAUCAACCCCACUAGGGCAGAGAUGACUUCCAGCAGUCUUAACAUGAUUGUGGCAGGAGCCCCCAGCAGUCAAGUUGUGAUGAUUGAGGCGUCGGCUGAGAACGUGCUGCAGCAGGACUUCUGCCAUGCGGUGAAGGUGGGAGUCAAGCACACCCAGCAGAUCAUACAGGCCAUCCAGCAGCUGGCGCGAGAACAGAAAGUCACCAAGCGCAACCCGGUCAAGGUCUUCACAGUCCCGACUGACAUGGUGGAACAUGUUCGGCAAUUAGCUUCUGAAAGGAUCUAUGCUGUUUUCACUGAUUACACUCACGAUAAGAUUUCAAGAGAUGAGGCUAUCAACAAAGUUCGACUAGAAACUGAAGAGAACCUGAAAGAAAAAUUCCCUCAGGCUGACUCCUUUGAAGUCAUAGAAUCCUUCAAUUCUGUAUGCAAAGAAAUCUUCCGCAAUCUAGUGCUUAACGAGUACAGGAGAUGUGAUGGGAGGGAGUUGACUGCUCUGAGGAACAUUUCCUGCGAUGCCGACCUCUUUAAACCGCUGCAUGGCUCAGCUCUGUUCCAGAGAGGACAAACACAGGUGCUGAGCAGCGUCACAUUUGAUUCCCUGGAAUCCAGUGUGAAAGCAGAUACUAUCACUACAGCUUUGAGUGGCAUCAAAGACAAAAACUUCAUGCUUCAUUAUGAAUUCCCUCCGUAUGCAACCAAUGAGACGGGAAAGAUGGGAGGCAUCAACAGGAGAGAGCUUGGACACGGGGCCCUGGCUGAGAAAGCUCUGAGACCAGUCAUUCCUAAAGACUUCCCUUUCACCAUCAGGGUCACUGCGGAGGUGCUUGAGUCAAACGGAUCAUCCUCGAUGGCUUCAGCGUGUGCAGGCAGCCUUGCUCUAAUGGAUGCAGGCGUGCCCAUCUCUGCGGCGGUGGCAGGCGUAGCAGUCGGCCUCAUCUCCAAGGCCAACCCAGAGAAACCGGCUGAGAUCCAAGACUACAGAUUACUAACUGAUAUUCUGGGAAUAGAGGAUUACCUUGGGGACAUGGACUUCAAAUUAGCAGGAACAAGCAAGGGCAUCACUGCUUUGCAGGCUGAUGUGAAGAUCCCAGGUUUGCCUCUGAGGGUGGUCAUGGAGGCUGUCCAACAGGCCACCGUGGCAAAGAGGGAAAUCUUGGGCAUCAUGAACAAAUGUAUGGCAAAACCCAGAGCGACUAGGAAGGAGAAUGGCCCCGUCAUUGAAAAUGUGCGGGUGCCUAUUUCCAAACGAGCCCGCUUCGUUGGUCCAGGAGGCUAUAACCUUCGCAGGCUACAAGCUCAAACGGGUGUGACGAUAAGUCAGGUGGACGAGGAGACUUUCUCUGUGUUCGCUCCAACACCAGGAGCCAUGAACGAAGCCCAAGAGUUCAUCAGUGACAUCUGCAAGGAUGAUCAAGAACAGCAGCUGGAGUUUGGUGCUAUCUACACUGCCACCAUCACUGAGAUACGGGACAUUGGUGUGAUGGUGAAACUUUAUCCCAACAUGAGUGCUGUCCUGCUGCACAACUCACAACUGGACCACAAACGGAUCAAACAUCCGAGUGCUUUAGGAUUAGAGGUGGGACAGCAGAUACAGGUCAAGUAUUUUGGACGAGACCCAACAGACGGCAGAAUGAGACUUUCCCGGAAGGUGCUGCAGUCUCCUGCCGCAACCGUCGUCAAGACUCUAAGUGACAAACAGAGCAUCUCCAUGGGUUCAAGCAACAGCCACGCGAACAGCACCGAUUUGUGACACACCAACACGACGGGAUAACGCGGAUUUAGACUGUUUAGAUUUUGCCACAAAAUAUUCCUGCUGAAAAAUCUACAAAACCAAGAGCAUCAGAUGUCAUCAGAUGGGCCAGUGCUGCACAUAAAGAGGUUUCCCCCUGCUGCUGUGGGCAUAGACAUGAUUAAACUGCACUGGAGUGAACAGCAAGUGCAGUGUCCUGCUGUCAUUGUGCUUCAGUGGAUGUGCACAAACUGAGGAGAGCACCUAAAAUAAUGAGCAGGAGACGAACGUUUUCAAAAAUGACACAUCUGUUGUAUUUUUAAGUGUCCUCUUAUAUGAUAUAAUGUUUUCACGUUUGCCAACUCAGUUAGCAUUGACAGCAUCAAGCAGUAAGAGGGUUUUCUUUCAGUUUCCCCCAACACAGUCAUCGAAGACACAGUGAAGUGUAACAAUUGUUUUAAUUCAUGUGUGUGAUAGCACUGACUCUUGUGGUAUCGACUUCCAUGUUUGGUGUCCAGCAUGGCAGCAUGUCCUCACUGUUGCCAGGAUAUGGAUCAAAGAUAUGGAAAAAGAAGGCAAAGUGGGAACAUAUUUUUGUAAUAUUUCCCUUUAUGUUGUGUUGCAUUUACAGUAUAUGUGAGCCGUUGUAAAUAAAACUAUCACUGGUU